CGCAGAGGCAGAUUAAACGGCCCCACACAACUGUUGUUUUAAUCCCCUGGAAGAAGAGAUUUAGCUCAAAAAAAGAAAAAAAAACUGCCUUUAAACCCAGCAGCCAUAUUGUAUGGAAGAGCGACGGGAAGACACCAGUUUUCAGAAAAAAAAACUCCGCAACUCAGAAACCUGCCAGGACUUUUUGGGGACUUGUACAAUUUCCUUUUAGCGGCGGUUGGGUGUCUGCUGUCCGGCUAGCUCUGCAGCUGGCUGAGGAAAAGUCUUCCAUCCAAUUCUGGUUCAUCUUUGGGGGAGUUUAAACUGUUUAUUUCACAGAACUAAUAAUGAAGGACCGAUUGGAACAGCUGAAAGCGACUUGUGAUCAAGAUGACGACGAGGUGGAGAUUGCUGUGGACAACGCAGCCUUCAUGGACGAGUUCUUCUCUCAGAUCGAGGACAUCAGGAACAGCAUUGAUAAAAUAGACCAGAAUGUGGCUGAAGUCAAAAAGCUUUACUCUGUCAUCCUGUCUGCUCCCACCUCAGAUCAGAAAACACAAGAUGACUUGGAAGCAAUCACCAAUGACAUAAAGAAGAUGGCCAACAAUGCAAGAAACAAACUAAAGACCAUCGAGAGAAAUCUGGAGUCGGAACAGCAGGAGAGGGUGUCUGCAGAUAUGAGGAUACGUAAAUCACAGCAUGCAGUUCUGUCCAGGAAGUUUGUGGAGGUCAUGACAAAGUAUAAUGAAGCUCAGGUGGACUUCAGGGAGAGGAGUAAAGGACGUAUUCAGAGACAACUGGAGAUAACUGGAAAAGCUACAACAGACGAAGAGCUGGAGGAGAUGUUGGAGAGUGGAAACGCUGCUGUCUUCACUGCUGGGAUUGUGGACUCUGGAAUCUCCAAACAAGCCCUGAGUGAGAUUGAAUCCAGGCAUAAAGACAUCGUCCGUCUGGAAAGCAGCAUCAAGGAGCUGCAUGAUAUGUUUGUAGACAUCGCCAUGCUGGUGGAGAGCCAGGGGGAUGUAGUAGACAACAUAGAAAAGAAUGUAUCUCAGUCAGUCGACCACAUUAUAGAGGCGAGGGAACAGACCAAAAAAGCUGUGAAGUACCAGGCCAAAGCUCGCAAGAAAACUGUGAUCAUAGUGGUGGUUGUGGUGAUCUUACUGGCAGUGAUAGCUCUCAUUAUCGGGUUGUCAGUAGGACUGAAAAACUGAGGUGCUGUUUGACCAAGAGAAGAGCCUUCGAAGAUGAUCGUCAUCGGUGUAUGCUGUGUUGUGUGUAUCAUCAUCAUAGUCCUCACUCAGACACUAUAAAAGGACUGCGAAUCACAACCUCCACCAUCAUGAUGUUUUCUUCAUCAGCCCAUCCAGUCAUUUCAACAUUCACUCCAAAAGCUUAUGUAGGUUCUUCUAUGUGGAUCGGUGCUGCUCACCUAGUGUAAAAAAGGGAAGUUGAUGACCUUUAUUGAUGAGUCAACCUGCUGAAGCUCUGAUGAGGAAAUAAGAGCUGAAGUGAGGCCCAGUACCUGAACUACACCUCUGUGGAACCAAAACCAAAAAAGGGAACUGCAAACUUAACUGUUUCAUCACUCCACCAUCACCAAACAUUUCAUUGUGUAACUUUUGAUGCUGUCGUCGCACCUCUCUUUGUGUUUGUCUUACACUGUUCCUUAAACUUUGCAGAACCACCCCCCCCAGACCCAAACUAUCGAUCUAAAUGAGCCUCGACACAUCUUUACUUAUUCUUAAAAGCUACUGAUUGUUCACUUUUCCAGGUUGUUGAUGGUUUUUAGGGAAUUUCAGCACUUUCACUCAUAAAAAUAUGAAAUGAAGCUCAGAUUUCUGUAAUUAUAUUGUAAAAAAAACAAAACAGAAGUCAUACUUAUGCACUGUAGACAGUCAGUCUUGUGUCUUAAUUUCUUGAAAUUAUUAAUAUUAAAUAUGAAGGAUAAUACAUUUCAGAAGCAUUCUAUAGAAAAGACUGGAAGGUAGUUCAUUAUUUUAGAAAAAAUGCCUUAAAUUGAAUCUUAAACCAGUUAACAUGUUUAGACAUGAUAUAUACAAACCAUUAAUGUGCUGUAAAGGUACUACAAAGAGUUUGGGGAGGCUAGAAUUAACACUAGUAAAUAUUUUUUAUCUUAAAAGGGAGGCUUAAAUCAUAAGGUCUCUCUUAUAGUUGUUUUAUGUGUAUUUACUGAUUAUGUUUCCUCUGUAUAUGUACAGCUAACCUGCCAGUUUAAUUAAGUAUCCCCAUUUAAGUUCCUGUUAGAAUGAUGCGUAAAGAAAAUAUAAUUUUCUUACAGACAUUGUUUAAACGAUAUUUUGUUGUUAGAAAAUGUACCAGAACCGCAGUUUUCAGUUCUGUUUAUAUAUAUUCAGAUUUAGUUAGGAUAAAAGUAAAAUAUUUGAGCUUUUUUAUUUUAUUCAAAAUGUUAUUUCUAAUGAGGUGGACCUCAUAAACUUGUAGCAAAGUUGAAUUCAUAUGGUCAUCUUUCUUUUUCUGUAGGUAGUGUCCAAUACUGACGGUUUACAAAAUAUUGCAUGUAGGAUUUGAGCAUUUAGAGUAAGCGAAGAUUACUGUUGUGUCUGUAUAUAAAGUUGAGAUUUCAUUUCGAUAAGUCAUUAAUAGCCAAAGCCUUUUCUUUAAAAGAUAUUGCAUAUUUACACUUGCAGGGAAAUACUUGAAAUCAGCAUCCAGCAUGAUUUUUGUGGCCACGCAGGUCGCAGAAGGAUGGGGAAGAAAAUGAAUGAAACUUAUUGCACAUUUUUCCUUUUUUUAUGUCAAAUAUUUCAAAAAUAAUUAAAGAUUAGUUUUUUUAAAGCCUGAGUGUCUGUCUGGCUGUUUCUGCAUCACAAAUGUCAAUGUAAAAAGGGUCGCAAAAGUUAUCUUGCAUAUUUCACAUUAUAGAUCAAGACUAAGGAAAGCAUAUGUAAGGUCAAAAGAAAAGGAGCACAGAAUUUUAAAAUUAAAAGCGGAAAAAGUGUGCAUUGCAUUCAGCUAUAUUUGUAAAUACAAAAUAGGCCAAUUUGUUGGAAUUACAGCAGCAGUUUUUAGGGGCUAUUUUUCUGUAAGGUUUGUACAUUUAAACACUAUUUUUCUGUGCAUAUUUUAUGCAAUCUAAA